AUGCUGUCUUUACAUGAAGCAGCUAUCCUUGGCAACCGGGAACAGGUUCUACAGCUGUUGGAUAGCGGAUCCGAUGUGAACGAGACGGAGGGUGACAAUAAUUAUGAGACCGCUCUAGGAGAUGCAGUGUAUUGGGGACACUUUGAAAUUGUCCUUUUACUGCUGCAACGAGGGGCCACUAUUUCAGGGACGAAUUUUGGAUUCACACCGUUGAUGAUUGCAGCAAUAAAAGGUCACCAUGGCACCGUGCAACUGUUGUUGGACCAUGGAGCAGUCGUAGACGAGAAAGAUCUGUGCGGGCGCACAGCUCUCUUUCAUGCAUGCGACCACCAAGAACUGGGCAUCGCCAGGAUUUUAAUCUACCGAGGUGCUGAUAUUAAUACUGUGGAACUACAACUUGGAAUGAGUGUGUUGCACUAUGUGUGUAUCCACAAUCGUUUGCGUGUGGUACAGUUUUUGUCGGAUCCGAAUAGUGGGUUUGACAAUCUGGAGGCCAGGGACUUUGAUUGGGACACACCUUUGCACUACAUAAGUACUAGAGAGGACGAAGUCAAUGCUUUGCAGAUUGCCCGUCUAUUGUUGGAUAGGCGUGUCAACAUUGACGCUGUGAACCAGCACGGACUCACGCCUCUACGCAAUGCCUCUUUGCAUGGCAACUUGCAAAUCGUGGAGCUCUUGGUCAGACAUGGGGCUAGUUUCUAG